AUGGAUGAUAGUAAUAAAGGAGAAAAGAAAAAUUUACAAAUUGGAAUGACAAUCGAAUCAAUUAGCGAUUUUAAUCUCAAACAAUCGAAUUUUAAAGCGUCCAUUUCUUUAUUAAUGGUAGUGGAAAAAUCAGGUAGACCACCUGGUUCAGUUAUUGUCAAAUAUGAUCAAUAUCUAUACCCAUUUAGUGAUUUGCAAUUUACUGGUAAUAAAGUACAACCAAAAGAUGCUUAUCGACUUAUCAUUUCGGCAUCUGAUGGUACUGCAUCUACUCGAUCAAAUUAUGAAUUGGAAAUUCAUUGUCCAUUCAAUUUGAAACAUUAUCCAUUCGAUUCGCAUUAUUGUCCCAUUGAUAUCUAUGCGGGUAAACAUCCCAGCAGGCAAUUAUCACUUUCGUGGUAUUACUCUGAUGGUGCACGAUUGAAUGCAAGUAUAGGACCAGUAAGCAUGCAUACAUCAUUAGUUUCCAGUGAAAGUUGCAAUUUUGAAGGACUUUAUGCUGUCACUGAAUUAAAUACAGCUUCAGCUCGAUUCUCAUGUCUUCGUGUUCGAUUACAUUUUCAUCGGCCAUUCCAUGCAUCAUUUUUUCGUUAUUUCUUACCAACAAUUAUACUUGUUGCACUUACCUGGAUUAUCUUUUACAUUGAACGACAACGUUUACAAUCACGGAUAACAAUUUUGGCCUUCUCAUCUUUGCUUACAUUCUUCUGUGCAAUGCUUUGGAAUAAUGAAGUACCUUCAACAGCUUACUUAACAGCUGCUGAUGUUUGGGUCUUUCUAUGCAAUACAUUCAUUCUUCUUUCACUACUCGAAGUUAUAGCAGUGCACAUAUUAAUGAAAAUGUCACAUAAGCAGCUUCUACUUGCUAAUAAAAAUGAAUCUGUUCGAGCGGAAAGUCGAUAUCGGCGUGAAAAGCAAGCUGUAAAACGUGGUCGCUCAAUUAGCCCAAGGCCACCUAUUGCUAAUGGACGAAUAUUUGAGAUGAAACAUUUAGAUCAAGAUUUACUUGGUUCAACAUCAACAUCAAACUAUGAUACUUUGAUAAAUGAUUAUUUCCAUCGUUGGUCCGAUUACUAUUCAGUAACAGCUGCACGGGUUGAUCUAUCAGCGCGUAUCAUACUGCCACUUGCAUAUGGUAUUGUAGUUUCACUCUACUUCUCUUUUUACCUAUUUUUGUAA